CAGAGGUGGAACUGGGUUUAAGUGAGGCAGCGGCUGCACCUUCCAAAAGGGGAUUUGCAAGAACCAUCUUAGCGCCAGCCUUCUUUGCAGCCAGGAAGGAGGAGGGGUGCCCUGUUGCUUCAGACUGAAAACUCCCCUGGGUUCUGGAGCUGUGAUUUUGAAUGAAAAGAGGCAUAGGCAAAACAGAAGGGCUGAGCUUCUGGUGCUAAAAGGAGCUGUGAAAAGUAACAGGACUGCAUAUUUCUCACCUCUGGUUAGUAGCAUCUUCUUCACAUCAGUACAGACAAAACUGUAUUUGGGGAGGAAAUAGUGUAAUAAUGUGUGUGCCUUGUUUUUAUUCUCUAGUUGCAUUUCUUGAAGGAUUUCUGCCUUUUGUUUAUCCAUUUCCUCAAUUCAACAUCUUUUUAUCCUGCCUUUAGGAACUCAGGGUAGAGUACAAGCCCCACCAAGGCCAGCCCCAUCCUUGGGCAGACUGAAGCAGCUGCCUCGGGUGGUAAAUCUCCAGAAAGCCUUCUGACCCUGAGAGGCGGCAGAAUUUUGUUUUGGCUUCCUUUUGGCACUGCCCCAUUCAUCAAGCAUCAUGGCGCUUCCCCAGGUAGGCAGUUUUCUAUGAGAGGGCUGGACUCUGGCUCGGGGAAUAAAAACACAAGAGUGGAAAGAAAACGGGAUUGUGAUGGUUACAAAUGAUAGCUAUUGACUCUGUACUAUGCAGGUGACUUUUGAGGAGGUGGCUGUGUAUUUCACUGAGCAGGAAUGGGCCUUGCUGGAUGCGAAUGAGAGAGCCUUAUAUUGGGAUGUCAUACAGGCGAACUACGAGCACCUGACUUCACUCGGUAAGUGCUCUGCCUAGUGUUAAAAGCUUGGGUUUCUCAGAUGUAUGCAGGAUUGUUUUUUUUUUUUCAAGGAUCCAGCAAACAAGUUAAAAGAAACCCGGUUCUUUAUCUCUCUGGAUGUUCUAAAACACACCAGAGCGAUACAUUAAUAUUGUUAAUACAAUAUUACACUCAUUCCUAUUGUGGUUGUUGUUUAGUCGUGUCCGACUCUUCGUGACCCCAUGGACCAGAGCACGCCAGGCACUCCUGUCUUCCACUGCCUCCCGCAGUUUGGUCAAACUCAUGCUGGUAGCCUCGACAACACUAUCCCACCAUCUCGUCCUCUGUCGUCCCCUUCUCCUUGUGCCCUCCAUCUUUCCCAACAUCAGGGUCUUUUCCAGGGAGUCUUCUCUUCUCAUGAGGUGGCCAAAGUAUUGGAGCCUCAGCUUCAGGAUCUGUCCUUCCAGUGAGCACUCAGGGCUGAUUUCCUUAAGAAUGGAGAGGUUUGAUCUUCUUGCAGUCCAUGGGACUCUCAAGAGUCUCCUCCAGCACCAUAAUUCAAAAGCAUCAAUUCUUCGGUGAUCAGCCUUCUUUAUGGUCCAGCUCUCACUUCCAUAAAGAAGGCUGAUCGCCAAAGAAUUGAUUGUAAGGAAUGUUUUACUAUGUUUUGUACAUGCUGUAAGCCGUCUAGAGUGGCUGGGGAAACCCAGCCAGAUGGGCAGGGUAUAAAUAAUACAAUUGUUAUUAUUAUUAAGGCUCAGGAUAGGUUAUAAACAAUAGGCAUAAGCCAAUCAUAGUUGCGCAUUUGAUGGCAGAAAGGAUCAUCUUUAUGAUGAUGAUCUGUGGAGACAGAGUUUUCCUUUUUUAUUAUGCACUUUAAAUCAGAAGGCCUAGGUAAAGGUAAAGGACCCCUGGAUGGUUAAGUCCAGUCAAAGGCGACUAUGGGGUUGCGGGGCUCAUCUCGCUUUCAGGCCGAGGGAGCUGGCGUUUGUCCGCAGACAGCUUUCCGGGUCACAUGGCCAGCAUGACUAAAACACUUCUAGCACAACAGAACACCAUGACGGAAACCAGACCGCACAGAAACGUAUCUUCCCACCGCAGUGGUACCUAUUUAUCUACUUGCACUGGCGUGCUUUCGAACUGCUAGGUUAGCAGGAGCUGGAACAGAGCAACGGGAGCUCACCCUGUUGUGUGGAUUCGAACCGCCAACCUGGCAAGCCUAUGUUUUUCUUGCUCAUGGGCACCUGCAGAAUCCAUCAUGGUUUGUGUGAGUGAGGAAGCUGAGCUUUUGCCCUCUUUGCAGCAGCGCUCCCAAGUGCUAAACAGUUCCCCAAAGGAGGUAAUCUGCAAUCCUUCUUAGGUGUCAGAGAAACUACGGGGUUUGCAUUGGGAGACACCCACAGUGUGGAUGCAAAAUCUGUCUGGCAACCACAGCUUUUGAGAACGACACUUGCUCUGCUCUCUGUGUAGCCCCCAUGCUGUUUUAGGUGCCGUGUUGGUUUGUGAUGGACAAUUUGGGAAUAGCUUUUUUCCAUGUGUAGAUGCAAAUGUUCCAGAAAGUCUGUGAACGCCAUCUUGGUAGUCAAGAUAACCCCGAGACUAACUGGUAGUUGCUGCAAGAAUGAGCUCACGUAUGUUUAUUCACUUGCCUUGAUAUAUGCCAAUUGGCUUGCUUUGAUGCCAUGUUUAUCUGUGGGCCUGAGACGCGCGGUUAUUAUCUAUUAUAUCUAGGGUGGGGAGUUAUCCGUAAGACUUGGAGUCUUGCCACUAUGCCUUCCUUGCCAGGUGAAUCAAUGGGAGGUCCUGGCCCUAUUGGCUUAUGCUGUCUUGGUAUAAAUAAUGCAUAAAAGCUUUCCCAGGUGCAGACAAGUCAUGGCACUUUCUCCCUGGUGUGGUGUCCAUCCCAGGUCAAUGCUCUCCAUGCUGUGACUGGAUCUAGACACAUCAAAAAAGCGAUUCGGUUAAAUGCGUUGUAAACUCUGCAAAGGGAAAUCACCUUGGCGAAAGACAGGACUCCACAGCGCCAUCUGGUGUGUCACAGUGUUAUAACACACAUAAAGCGCUUUUUCUUUACGAAGGUAGCUGAGUCCUGUGUUGUGAGUCUACACUUCCUUCUAAUAAAGCACUGGAACGGAUCUCCCUGACGUUUUUGACACCCUUCUUUGGUAUCCCUGCACCAAACCACCCUCACAAACCCUCCUUUGCGCCUAUAAAUCAGGACACCCCAUAGGUCAGGCAUAGGCAAACUUCGGCCCUCCAGAUAUCUUGAGACUACAGUUCCCAACAUCCCUGACCACUGGUCCUGUUAGCUAGGGAUGAUGGGAGUUGUAGUCCCAAAACAUCUGGAGGGCUGGAGUUUGCCUAUGCCUGCCAUAGGUUGUAUGUGCCAAGCCCCUUCAAACUGCUUUGGAAUGGGUUAGGGUCUAGGUCUGAUAUCUAGGUCUGAUAGGUAGAGGCAGGAUGCUACUGCAGGGUUUUGGUCUCAUGGAGGUGUUUCCUUAAAAGAGAGAGAGUGGGGAGCAAAGUCAUGAGGCAUGAUGUGUAGACAGACGGCUCUUCUCUAAUCUCCAGGUGUCCUCCUCACUCCAACAGAUGGCAGGAUUUCAUCUUGGCUUCCUCUGGCACCCUCCCAUUCUCCUGUCACCAUGGAAACUCCCCAGGUAGGCCGGAAUCUGCAGGUGGGCCUGUUUCACAAAGUGGACAGGAAAUAUUCAAGUAUAACAUCUACAUCUGGAGAUGUGAUGAGGUUGAGGUUAUGUUCUUUCAUAUGUGGUGGACCUGUAAAAGGGUAAAAUAGAAUUGGGAAAAAAUUUAUAAUGAAUUGGGGGGGAAAUGUUUAAAAGCACCUUUCCAAAAAACCCCAGAGUCCUUUUUGUUGGGGAUAAUUCCACUACGGUGGCAUACAUAAAUUGUUUGCCCCAAAAUGGAAAAUGAUCGAGGCCCCAUCUAAAGAAGAAUGGCAACUUAAACUGUUGCGGAUCUUAACUUAUAGAAUAAGAGAACGAGAAGAACCUUUGCUUAAAGAAGAUUGGAAAAUGUUUAUUGAAUAUAUGGGGGAUAAUUGUGUAUACUUGAAAACGUUGGCAGCAUUAAGAUAAAUUCAACAGUGUAAAUAAGUUUUGAUGGAAGAAACAAUGGAAUUCUGAAUGGUUUGGUUUAUAUAAAAUAUGCAGGAAUUUAUGCUAUGCAAAAUGAACUAUGGAAAGAGAAGAAGGGAAGUCACUGAUAUUUUAAGGUCUAAAUUAAUAUUCUAAAUUGUAAGACAGUGUGUGUGAGAGAGAGAGAAAUACGCAAGUGUUGAAAGAAAAUGGGUGCCUCAUUAUUUCCUUUUCACCUAUCACAACAACAACAACAACACGAAAGAUAUCGACUGAAGGGGUUUCUUAAAAGGCUGUUGAAAUUAGCCCUGUGCUGAGAUUCUUGAUGCAGGGGGAGAGGGUGGAAACAAAGAAAAAGAAUCUUAAUUGUGGGUGGUGGCAGAGGAGGAAUUCCUAAAAAUAUAUAUAUAUAUAUAUAUAUAUAUAUAUAUAUAUAUAUGAGAGUUUGGAUUUGAUAUCCCGCCUUUCACUCCCUUUAAGGAGUCUCAAAGCGGCUCACAUUCUCCUUUCCCUUCCUCCCCCACAACAAACACUCUGUGAGGUGAGUGGGGCUGAGAGACUUCAAAGAAGUGUGACUGGCCCAAGGUCACCCAGCAGCUGCAUGUGGAGGAGCAGGGAAUCGAACCCAGUUCACCAGAUUACGAGUCCACCGCUCUUAACCACUACACCACACUGGCUCUCUCAGUAUAUAUAUAUAUAUACAUGCACCAACCCUUUAAAAUGCAGGUGGCUUUUGAGGAGGUGGCUGUGUAUUUCACCCAGCAGGAGUGGGCCUUGCUGGAUGCGAGCAAGCGAGCGCUUUACUGGGACGUCAUGCGGGAGAAUUACGAGCGCUGGGCUUCACUGAGUAAGUAUCCUGCCUGUUGUCUCUUCCCUUAUUAAACACUUGAGCCCUGGCAUCUUAAACUGGAUUUGUUUUUCUCUGCUACUUUUUAGCUUUAUUGAUAAUGGUGGGGAUUGUGAAUGCUGCCUUGGGUGUUUGUCACCUUUGAAGGUGACUCGGAAACUAAAAUUAAUCCAGAAUGCGGCAGCCGGACAGGUGACUGGGAGCGGCUGCCGAGACCACAUAACACCGGUCUUGAAAGACCUGCAUUGGCUCCCAGUACAUUUCCAAGCACAAUUCAAAGUGUUGGUGCUGACCUUUAAAGCCCUAAACAGCCUCGGCCCAGUAUACCUGAAGGAGCAUCUCCACCCCCAUCGUUCAGCCCAGACACUGAGGUCCAGCGCUGAGGGCCUUGUGGCGGUUCCCUCACUGUGAGAAGUGAGGUUACAGGGAACUAGGCAGAGGGUCCUCUUGAUAGUGGUGCCCACCCUGUGGAACGCCCUCCUAUCAGAAGUCAAAGAAAUAAACAACUAUCCGACAUUUAGAAGACAUCUGAAGGCAGCCCUGUUUAGGGAAGUUUUUAAUGUUUGAAGUUUUAUUUUGUUUUUAGUGUUCUGUUGGGAGCCGCCCAGAGUGGCUGGGGAAACCCAGCCAGAUGGGCGGGGUAUUGUCAGGGAACUGACAUCGGAGCGGGAGGCGAAGGGGAGGCUCCUAGAUGAUGCUGGAGAAGGACCCAGCAGCAGGGGGAGAAGCAGCUCAGUGGAGGGGGAAGCAUUUAAGCGCAACACCAGGAACAAAAGUGGGCAGAUGGGGGAAUCGGAGAGAGGGCUCCCGGACUCUUCACUGGAACUCAGUGAGGAGGGGACAGGUCCUCCGCUACCCACGCCCUCCCUGCGCAGAAGACUCGCGCGCAGUGAGAGGAGGAGGAGACUGGGUGUCAAACAACUCUUAUGUUGGAAGAGAUUCAAGAAACGCCCACUGACGGAUUCUGCCAGUGACUGAGCCAGUCACAAUUAGAAAGGGCUGUGCAGUCAGAAUGGUUUAACAAGGCAAAUUAGCCUAGAGAGGCACCAGUUUACGCACGAGUAACUCAUACUCAUCACAGGUAUCAAUAAUAAAAUUAUUAUUAUUAUUAUUAUUAUUAUUAUUAUUAUUGAGGGCGAUAUGGAGGGUGGUAGCCAACAAAGGGCUUCUGCUGGCACAAAUCCUCUUGGCUGUGCAGUGGAAAUUCCCCCACCUCCUCUGCCUGCACCCCUAAAUCUAUUCCUAGGGGUCCCCCAAACAUCCAAAGCAGAUUUGGGGCAGGUGCUGCAAGGAGAGAGGUGAGGGCAGAGAAAACCUGACUUUGCUGUUCCUUUUCUGCUGUUAGUUCCACCAUAUUGCCUAAUGUCCAGACUCUCUCUUUGCAGGUGUUUGCUAUCAACAAGGAAACCUUAAAUCUACGGAGCCUUGUGGGAGAUUGCUGAAAUAUUCCCGAGAAAGGGAAUCUCCAAGUCCCAAUCCCUGUCACAAGGAGGAGAAACAACCAGUGGAGAAGUUGGGCAAAACGGCCCCGUUCAAAGGGAGCAUCAGCGCUGCAAAAUGUCAUCCGGUCGACAUGGGAGAAAGGAAGGAUUCCUGUCCCAAGUGCGGGAAAAGCUUCUGUCACAAAUCGGCACUCACUGCACACCUGAGAAUCCACACGGGAGAGAAGCCGUACCAGUGCCACGAUUGUGGGAAAAGCUUCAAUCAGAGCUCAGCCCUGACUCAGCAUCAGAGGAUCCACACCGGGGAGAAACCCUACGCCUGCCUCAGCUGUGAGAAAAAAUUCAGUCAGAGCUCAGCACUCACUCAACAUCAGAGAAUCCACACCGGGGAGAGGGCUUACGCGUGCCUUGAUUGUGGGAAAAGCUUCAUUUACCAGUCGGCCCUCAUACGGCAUCGGAGAAUCCACACUGGAGAAAAAUGCUACAAGUGCCCUGACUGUGGGAAAGGCUUCAACCAAAGCUCCAACCUUAUUACACAUCAGAAAAUUCAUAUUGGUAGGGAAGUGUGGUUAACUGUCCCAUUGUCCCCUGAGGCCUGUUUAUCAAUCUCCUUUGGGUUAUAACAAAAUUGAUUCACUGAUGUGUUAUAUCUCACUAGAGAAUGUCCAGAGCAUGGAAAGAAAAUAUUAUGAUCCUGUAACCCACAAGCAUGGGGUAAAUAACAAAAGAAUCCAGCCAGGUGCCUGGAUUCAAAAUGUGGGGCUAAACUCACUCUUCAGCAGGAGAAAGCCCUCAGCUGCCGAGUUUAAACUCAUAAAAGUCAAGCAGCGGUAUAGUGUGGCUAAAUGUAGGCUGUUAAACCUUUUUAUCCCAUUUUGUCUGCUUGCAAACUCCUGUGGCAAUGAACAGAGGAGUUUUGUCCCUUUUCUACUCUCUCGCAGUGUUAAGUAAGUUUAAAAUGUUUUCCUUACAAAACGUUUCAAAGGUCACGUUCAUGCCUUUAUCCAAGUGGCACCAAGGAGAACACAUGCAGAAUACUAAUAGGUAGAAAAUACAAAAAGAUAGCUUCAGACUCAUGCUCUAAGCUUGGAGCAAAGCUUAGACACGUCUUCCUUUGUCAGUUACAUGGUGAGGAGAGAGAUGGAACAGGAAGAGAAGGCUUCACUUCCUCCCUUGUCAGAGAAGAGAGGGCAUGACCUAGCUGUGUCUAGGAAUCCAGCUCCGCUGUCUUAACCCUUUCAUGCACCAACUAGCACUUUCUGACUGCAGUUCCCACACAGAGGACUUCACAUGCAUUAUGGUCACGUGCACACCAUAUAUUUAAGCACUAAAAUACCACUCUAAGCAAUUAUGGCUUCCCCCAAACAGUUAUGGGAGCUGUAGUUUCUUAAGGGUCCUGAGACCCCCUGUGCCCCUCAAGGAGCCACAAUUCCCAUAGUAAUUUAACAAUCAAUUCUUCUUCCCAGGGAACUCUGGCAAUUGUAACCCUCUCAGGGAAUAAGGGUCUCCUAACAAUUCUCAGCUCUCCUUGGCGCACAAAUUGCCCCUGUUUUAGGGAUUUGCAGUUUCUACCCUACAUUUUACAUUCUCUCCCUUAACCUUUUCUUCUUCGUAUCCUAUAGGGAUACCUUGCAGGAGCAAGAAGAAGAUGCCUCAGCAGCAGGUUUGUGAGCCAUUAGAACCACCUGGAAUACUUUGUAGGGCAUUACAACGAGUUUCCCCUCACAAUCCUCAAGUGGAAAAAGAGAUUCGGAACCAGGGAAGCUUGCAGAGAAACCCCUCAGAGCAGGCCCAGGAUCAAGUCGUUUCUGGAACAGGUAGUUUCAUAUCUCAGAAAGAUGUCACGAUAAAGACAAGGCCAGCUAGGGUUAAGAGGCCCCUCGUAUGUCACGACUGUGGAAAGAACUUCAAGUACAGUUCCCAUCUGGUUAACCACCUGAGAAUACACACCGGAGAGAAACCUUACGUCUGCCCAGAUUGCGGAAACAGGUUCAUUCAGAACUCAGCCCUCAAGAGGCACCAGAGGAGCCACAGAGGCGACAGACCCUACGGAUGUUCUGACUGUGGGAAAACCUUUAGCCGGAACUCUCACCUGGCGAAACAUCGAGUGAUUCACACGGGAGAAAAACCUUACGAGUGCCUUGACUGCGGGAAGAAAUUCAGUGUCAAAAUGAACCUAGUGAUUCACCAACGGAUUCACACGGGAGAGAAGCCAUAUAUGUGCUUGGAGUGUGGGAAACGCUUCAGCCAGCGACCCCACUUUAUGAUCCACCAGAGAAUCCACACGGGAGAGAAACCUUACCAGUGCCCUGAAUGCGGGAAAAGCUUUCGUGUGAGUUCGCACCUUGUCGCACAUCAGAGAAUUCACGCGGGGAAGACGUCGUUCAUAUGUCCGGACUGCGGGAAAAACUUCAGCGGUAGCAAGCAGUUUAUUCAACAUAAGAUGUCCCAUCUCAUUGGAGAAAGCUAUCAGCUGCCCAUUGCAGCUGUAACCAUUAAGAGUGACCCAUUUGCCCCCAAUUCUGUAGGUCUAGAAGGCAGUGGCUACAGUCCUGGAGCGAAUCAGUGAAGUCCCAGCUGUGUUGGGCUAAAGCAAAGAAAGGGAAACCUUGAUAAACCCUGUCGCAUAACUGCAAAUGGUGAGAUCCGUUCUACAAUUAGAGCUUGAAGGGAAGGUGCCUGGAAAAAGGCAUUUUCACUCAAACUUCAAACCCUUUUGCUGUACUUGAGAGCCAAAUGUACCGGAUAGAGUGUUGGGCUUGGCCUGGUUUGGACAUGGAUAUUCAGCCAUGAUGCUUGCCGGUGACCUUGGACCAAUUGUCGUGUCAGCCUAACCUACCUCACAGGAUUGUUAGCAGGAUGAAAUGGAUAAAACCUUGUUGUAUAGACCAUCUCGAGUUGCUUGGAAGAGAAAGAUGAGGAUACAAAUACAGCCGUACCCUGGUUCUCAAACAAAACCUGUUCUGGAAGUCUGUUCGACUUCCGAAAACCAAGGCGCAGCUUCUGAUUGGCUGCAGGAGCUUCCUGCACUCAAUCGGAAGCCACGUCGGAAGUUCGGCUUCCAAAAAAGUCUGCAAACUGGACCCCCCACUUCAGGGUUUGUGGCGUUUGGGAGCCAAAAUGUUCGAGUUGCAAAGCGUUUGAGAACCAAGGUACAACUGUACAAUAAAUAAACAAGCAAACUACCGUAUUUUCCGCUCUGUAACACGCACCCAACCAUAACACGCACGUAGUUUUUAGAGGAGGAAAAUCCGUAGGCAUGCCACCCGUAGGCAUUCCCUCCAUAACACGCACAGACAUUUCCCCUUACUUUCUAGGAGGAAAAAAGUGAGUGUUAUGGUGCAAAAAAUACGGUAUGUACCAUUCCCAGAUAUCAGGUAGAAUUGUCAGGUGACCCCUUCCCAAUCCACGAAUACCAUCAAUGGAUGGUGGUUUCCUGACUAGGGUCACAUUUAAAGCAUCAACGGUCAUGGCUUCUCCCAAAGAAUCCUGGGAGCUGUCAUUUGUUAAGGGUGCUGAGAGUUGUAGGGGACUCCCUAUUCCCCUCACAGAACUACAUUUGAAGAGGGACUUACGGUUAAGCCACUCUGAGAACUGUAGCUCUGUGAGGAGAACUGGGGUCUCCUAAGAAUUCAGCAGCCUUAAGAAACUACAGCUCCCAGAAUUCUUUGGGGGAAGCCAUUUUAAAGCGCCAUGGCCCUACUUAAAUGCAUGGUGCGAAUGUGGCCUAGAUUGUCCUGACCACCGCGCUCUUUUCAAGCAGCAGGGAGCAUAAUCCUGAAGUCCUUGGCCUAAUAACCUCAUAUGGGUGGGAGGAGCCUGGAUGGAGAGGAGGAGGCUGGGGGGAAAUGAGAGGAGAAAGCCAAAACAGAUGGAGUGAUGGAAGGGGGAGAAGGGGAGUCCCCUACAUGUGUGGGAAUGUUCAGGGAGGCAGAAGAGGAUAUAUUGUUUAUUAAUAUCCUUCCUAACUUGCGCUAGCAAGUUCCUUUAGUUAGCAAAGUUUACAUUCCCCUUUUAACAUGCGCAGCAGAUAGCUGGUUGCAGGUUUGUGUAAGCCUCUCACUAUCAUAUAAUUCAGUAUUGAAUUGUAUGUUCCUGGUAAGUUCCUUUUUAUCCCUCUUAAAAGAAUAAACACACAACAAUCUUAUUUAAAGUCAAUAAAAGUUGUUUACUCAUGUCAGUUCACAGUUGGAUCCCUGAAGGCAAACUUAGAUACAAAUAUAUACAUGUGGAUCUACACCAUAUGGAGGAAUGAUCACAGCCUCUGCUAGCUGAGAAGCCCAAGCUAGAAGCCGGUCAAACAAAGAAGGAAGUGAAAAAGAGAGCGUGUGGCAACAUGCCUUGUCCUUUUGUUACCUGGACAGGUAAGGUCACGCCCACCUCUAGUCACAUGCAAAGGAAGGAUGUUCCAGCCAGGAGGAAACAGGAGGUUUUCGACUGGCUGGACCAAACAUUCCACCGCAUGUCCACUCUAGGAAAACAAGGAAUGUUGUGCUUGACUGCUCUCAGUGGAUUACAUCCCACAACAAGUGACCCAUUCAGACCUAUAUUCUCUCUACAAAGUGUCUUCCCCGCUGGUGUGUGAGGAGGGAGGACAUCAGGGGAGAUGGAGGAGCAGUGGCAAAACCUCAAGAUUUAGAAUGGCACUUUCCUUUCUCAUCAGAUGCUUCAGGUGGCAGAGGGAACUGCAAAGGCACAGGCACCAGGGAUUCCCACCCCCAGUGAACCAACCCAGUGGCGAGCCAGAGAACCAAAGCAACUUUCUGGGAAGAGCAGGUGUGGGUGGGGAAGGUUGGAGGUGAUGAGAUUUUAAGAGAAAGGAGGGCCCAUAGGUGAGCAGAAUCCUGGCCUUCCUACCACAGGGGGGAGGGACGCGCCAAGUCUCUCCUCCAGGAAAGAGAUAGGUUUAGUUUGUUAGGAUAUUUCCGUUCCACCUUAAAAGGGAGCAGGCUUUGUGAGUCACAGAGUCUGCGCAUUUCCUGUUCACAGGAAGUUUAUGUUUUCUAUUGCUUUCGUUUUCUCUCUGUGUCGUAGACACUGAAGCAGGCAGUCAUGUUUUCUUUGUUCUGAUCAACGCUGAAUAAAACUUGUAAAUAAUGCUCUCCUGAGUGCGACUUUUGCUGUGCAUUAUCUGCUGAUAGAGCGUGCAUGAGCUCUGGACUGUGGCAGGCUAUUUCUGGAGCUCAUGUCGCUAAUUGCUGAUACUGCGUGUCUACGGGAGAUCGAUGGACGUCCGGACACGGCUUGGAGGCCAUGAUGGACUUUAUCUCCCUGGCAGUAUCCCAACAACAGGUUAUGGGCCCAGAUUCAUGGCACUUACAGGAGAGUAAGACUGCAACGGACUGCUGAGAGGUAUGUGGAGG